CUUAGUCUUACCUAGCACGAUGUGGACGUUGGGUCUGGCGGUGUUGGCGGCCGUCGCGACGCUCGCGACGCCUCAAGCGCCUCGUUUCAAAGUGAUACGCGAAUGGAAGUACGUUAACUUCACAUGGCCGGACCACGAGUCCUAUUUAAAGGCCACGGACGACGGUGUAUACGUUCCCGGGAACGUUGUGAUAUCGGGACUCAAAUACUACGACGGGUAUUAUUAUAUAACGUUGCCCAGGAUGAAAGCGGGCGUACCCGCCACCCUGACGAGGAUUCCUGCGCCGGAAGGCGGAGUGCUGGACACCGCGCCACCCCUGGAUCCGUACCCUUCCUGGGACAUGAACAUGGGUGAUUGUGAUAAGCUUCAAAACGUGCAGAAUAUAGAGAUCGAUCCGAGCGGCAGGAUAUGGAUUAUAGACGGCGGCAGGACUGAAACUUUGAGCCAGCCCAUCGUUAAAUGCCCGCCCAAGUUGAUCAUUCAUGAUAUUAAAAGAAACGAAACUGUUAGGACGUACGAGUUUCCGGAAGAAGUGGCCAGUUUUAAUGGUAGCUAUUUGUACGACUUGGUUUUGGAUUUGACGGAUGGAGAUUACGCGUAUAUUACUGAUAAUAGUGGACGUGAUCCUGGUUUAAUCGUUUAUUCGUACAAAGAAAACACCUCAUGGAAAAUCCGUCACUCUCCAUCGAUGCGGGCAGACCCAACAGCAUCCCGAUUCCAAGUAAACGAGGUGACAGUAAACGCCGCAAUAAACAUAGCAGGCAUCGCCUUGGGGCCGUCCAUUCGUUCGACCCCGCAGGUUACCAUCAACGACGAACGUCAGAUCUUCUACGCGCCAUUAUCCAGCCUACACCUGUACUCUGUGAACUCCUCCGUGCUGAAGGACAAGAGGAACGCGAACGACGGAAACGAAUACCAGGGAACCGUCACGGAUCACGGCCUGAAGGCGUCGCAGUCCGUCUCCAUGACGAUGGACGAUCGCGGCAACCUAUAUUACAAUUUGCUGGCGACGAAUUCGAUCGCCCGUUGGAACGCGAACACCGACUUUCAAACGGGGCAGAAAUCGAUUGCGAGAGAUGCCAAGUACUUGCAGUGGGUCAACUCGUUCACGUUUGACAGGGGCAACCUGACGGUGCUGGUGAACAAGUUGAACAAGUAUUUGUAUGGCGGCCUGAACAUCAACGAGGAGAACUUCAGGAUCAUCACCGCCUUCAUCGAUGCUAAGAGUUACUUGUACGACAACUACGGGUAUAUGGGACCUGAAUCUACCACCAUGCAUGAGAUGUUGCCGGAAGUACACGUGCAUAAUUCCGACAUGCACGAUCAUACUAUGAUGGACGGUGAGGAUCACGUGCACGGAAUGACGGAUAAUCCUAUAGGAAAGGCUGGAGCGUCCGCGAUUGUGUUUAAUUGUGCUUUACUGGUGUUUAUGGUGAUUUUGAGGCUCUGAUGCGGAUGAUUUUGUGAUAAAAUUAAUGUAUUUUUAAUGCCAUAGUUUAUAUUAAUGUAAGAACGACCUAUGUGUAGUCAGUAACCAAUGAUUUUAGUUAAUAUAUUCAAUAUGUAUUGUUUAUUUAUUGUUUAAUAAAGUUAUUGUUAACGAG